AUGGCUCAAGAAGCAGAGGAGACUAUGGCAACACCCAGCAGCGGCCUGGACAUUCGAUCCAAGUCGCCUCGAUCGUUGCAGUCUAGGAAUACCAAGAACUUAUCUUUGAGUAUACAGGAAAGCAUUACGUCCUCUGUAACAGAUUUUCAGGACGCUCAGGGUUGUGUACCAAGUGUUGUUACUAAGCCGAUAGCGAUAGACCGUGAAAUGACGAAGAAUGGUACAGCAGAUCAGCAAUUGCAAUCUAGGCGGACUGAGGCAUCCAUUUAUGCCCUUCCUACAGGAGCCAGGUCCGGCUCUACCUCGCCGAUUUACAGCCCGAGCGGACUGCGGUCGCCAGAUAAUGGCGUUGCGCCAGGGGAUAAAGUAGGCCGGGCUCACUCUUUGUCUCUGUCGGUCAAGACGAAAGAGCUGGGGUCGAGCUUGCUGCCGGGGGAACGCGUGAAGACCAUGUAUUCGGUAUUCGAGACCUCUACGCCUAAAUCGAAUCACUUCGGUUCAAAAGAUGGAAGAUCGUGGCCAACUGGAGUAGAUCGGGGCACUAGCGACGUGACUUUGUCAUAUCCAGAAGCCAUAAAGGGGGACGCGUAUCCUUCAGGGCCAUUAAUGGUUAUACCGCCAAACGUGUACCUUUACUCGGAGCCAAAGUUAGAGGAGAUCCUGGACUUUGACGUAGUCAUCAACGUGGCGAAGGAGGUCCCCAAUAUGAAGCAACUAGUGCCCGGGACAAAAUCUAUCUCCUACCACCAUGUCGAGUGGAGCCACAACAGUAAGAUAUCGACAGACUUGGACUAUCUGACAGAUCUCAUACACAAGGCUUCCGCGACGAGCAAGAAGGUGCUUAUACAUUGUCAAUGCGGCGUUUCUCGUUCUGCAUCCCUGGUAGUGGCAUACAUCAUGAGGUAUCACAACCUGGGCUUAAAUGAUGCAUAUAACCAUGUGAAAGGCAUCGCCAAGGAUAUCAGCCCGAACAUGAGCCUGAUUUUUCAGCUCAUGGAAUGGAACGAGCUUCGCAACAAGACACCGAGGCAGCCGGAAGAGGCUGAGACUCGGGAUAUGUCUACCUCAUCGACUUCGCCUACCAAUGACCUCACCAUCGUUUCGCCAGAGUCGACGCCCAGGACACCUGGAGAAUUCUUCAACAAGGUCUCAACAGCGUCCUCUUCGUCUACCGCAUCUACAAGCAGCACCAUAAUCGUUAGCCAGAAUCAGUCGAAGCCAGUCGCCCUGUCGCCAGGUCUAGGUAAUUAUCUGUCGACCGACAUAUCCGCUCCAUCUCCUACAGACAACUUUUGGAGUAGGUUUGAUGCUGUCUAG